UUUGUGUCUCUUUAAUUCAUCGAUCCCCACCACCACCCUCACCCUCCACCCUUUGUUUCCUUCUCUCCUCUCCUCUCAUCUCAUCUCAAGUGUCAUUUUCUCACACAUACUUCACUUCUCUCUCUCUCUCUCUCUCUCAAAAUCCCCCUUCUUCAUCUUCUUCGUGUUCUUGUUCUUGUUGCUGUUGUUGAUCGAGAUAGAGAUGGAGUUGUUUCCAGCACAACCAGACUUGUCCUUGCAAAUCAGCCCUCCAACAGGGAACGGCACCGCCAAACAACAAGAAGUUGAUUUGGGGUUCUGGAAGAGAGCCUUGGACUCUUCUAGAACCUCCUUUUCUUCUUCUUCUUCUCCUUCUCCUUCUUCUUCUCUCCCCAAACCCACAUCAUACUUCGACCUCUCCCUCUCCAACCCAAGGCCUUCUCCCUCAUCACACUACUUCAAUAACACCGCCACAACCACCCCCACGAAUAAUCAUAAUCUCUUAUUUCAAUCACUGCAGUACUACCACCACCACCAUCCACUGUUACAGCCGCAGCCACAGUCGCAGCCGCACACCCUCAGCCAGGAGCUCGGCUUUCUCAGACCAAUUAGAGGGAUCCCGGUGUACCAGAACCCACCUUCUUUGCCAUUCCCGCAGCACCACCAUCACCACCAUCAUCUUCUAGAACCUUCAUCUCCUCCCACCACCGCCAACGCCGGCGCUUCCACUCAUCACUUUCAGUCCCAGGCUUUGAUGCGGUCGAGAUUCUUGUCGCGAUUCCCCGCCAAACGGAGCAUGAGAGCUCCAAGGAUGCGCUGGACUACCACUCUCCAUGCUCGCUUUGUUCAUGCCGUUGAACUCUUAGGUGGCCAUGAAAGGGCUACACCAAAAUCAGUUCUUGAACUAAUGGAUGUCAAGGAUCUCACUCUAGCACAUGUUAAGUCACAUUUACAGAUGUACCGGACGGUGAAAACUACAGAUAGAGCAGCGGCUUCUUCAGGGCAAUCUGAUGUAUACGAUAAUAGAUCAUCGGGUGAUACAUCUGAAGACAUAAUGUUUGACAUAAACUCACCAUCAACAAGGAGGUCUGAUCUAUCCGUUAAGCAGGGAAGAACAGAUAAUAAUAACAAUAACAAUCAUCUUAAUCAAGAUAAAGAAUAUCGUGGCCUUUGGAGUAACUCUUCCAGGGAAGCUUGGUUGCAUGGGAAGCCAAAGCUUGAUUCUGUUGGGAACAACGUGCAUUCCCUUGAGAAGGAAAUGGAUCCAAAGUGUGUAAGCUAUGAGAGAAUAUCAGAUGGAAGCUCAUCUUCAAACGUGUCAGCAUCAACAAGCCCCAAGAAACCUAAUUUGGAUUUGGAAUUCACAUUGGGACAACCACUUUGAGAUAUUAUUAAUUAUUAUUAUUAUUAUUAUAAUUAUUCUGAUUUUCUGAAUAUAUAAUAAUAAUUUUUAUUAAUUAAUUCAUCUUUGAAUGAAAUCAUCAUCACUAUAAUGAAAUGUUUUCUAGUGAAAAUGAAAGACCUAGCUAGAGAGAGAGAGAGAGAAUUAGAGGAACCUGCUCUUCAGAAUAUCAGAGAAAGAGAAAGCCAUAAAAGAAAACAAAAAAGAAAAAAAAAAGCAAAAAAAAAAGGGUGAUGAGCUUAAAGAAACACAAGGAGACAAGAAAGACAGAAAGCAAGAAAAGAGAGAGAAAGAGAGGGUAGGGGGAAAAAGCAAACCCUUCCUAUCACACCUCUUUGUGUAUGUUAGAUCCAAAUCAAAAACAUUAUAUUAUAUUUUUCUUUGGUAAAUAUAUGGAAAUUAAAAUCUAAUUGAUUUGUAUUU